GGCCGUACCAUUUCCAAUAUUCUAAGCCACUUAUUACUGUGAUAAAAGUGCCGUUUAUUAUACACUUUCUUUACCCUUCAAGAAUUUCUGCGUGAGAUUUUCGAUUGUGAAGCGCCUCAAAGCAUGCCCCGAUUCGCCACCAGUAAAGAAGCAAAUGGGAUGCCGGUGGGAUGCCGGUGUGGGAUGGCGGCGGACGCGGUGGGAUGGUUCAAAAGUCAAUUUGCAAUGACUCAACACCCACGCGAAGCUCCGUAGAGCCGACUCUUCAUUCAAUUUCGAGGCAUUUUCUGCGUGGAGGCCGGGGUAACUUUUCCAUGGAAGGGUUUGACACUGAGGUCGAGUUCCUCCAAGGUCUCCCUGGCCCUUUCGCAUACUACGCGUUUCGGUGUCAAUUUCCUGGCUGCAAUGCUAGAUACCAGCGCAAAGAACACCUGAACCGCCACGAAAGAGCAAAACACACAAAGCAGCAGGUUUUUAUUUGUUCUAGCUGUGGUCGCGAAUAUCAACGAAGGGACACCCUUCGACGUCACAUACGAAAGCAGCACAAAAUAACAGAGCCUCUAAAUCGCGCGCGUCAAGCCUGUGAGUGUGUUCGUCGCAACGUACAAUGUUCUUUCCGAAAGCAUGCUAGUAUUUCGGAAGCGCAUCGAAUCCGAUCUUCCACCCCACCCUCUCCAAUCCUAAACCACAGAAAGUCACAGAUAUAUUACGGGGAGAAGAAGAAGAAGAAGUGGAUUGACCGUUAUUUUGAGUUAUUCCAUCCGCGAUGGCCUCUCAUCCACAGAGGGUCAUUCGAUGUGCGCCAGGAAACCCCGUUACUCCUACAAUCAGUGAUGGCUAUGGGCAUGUGGACAUCAGGAGAAAAAUCAGCGCAGGCGGCGGCAGUGGAGCUUCAUGAUAUACUUGACUUUGCCAUUCGGGAUCAAAGGCAGAAAUGGGAUGCCUCAGAAGUAGAGGGAGCCUGCAGCGCCUGCUUUUGGCCAAUUGCCACAUACCAAGCUAUCCUACUACAUGUUAUUUUCUCUGUUAUCGUGAAGGCUGACGGUGUUGUUAACCUCGACCUUAAAGCGUCUAUCUCCGCUGCUGAUUUAGCAUUACUCAAAUCGCUUGUUAGUAGCUGUCGAAAACUGGGCAUGUUCUCUUAUCCGAACAUGCUCGCCAGGUAUUGCGAAGCUGAUCUACCCUCAUUUGUCUGGGUCAGCAUUGAGGAAGUCAAACGUUUCGGUAUAGCACUUUACAAGUUUUGUGCGAAAAUAAGCAGCUCUAGUACGGAAGACAGCCCUCUGCUACACGCGAGUGAACUCCAAUUCCCACUACCAAGCAAUGAUCCCUUGUGGAAUUCCUUUGGAAGAGACGAAUGGGAAGUUAAUGCGAAGGGGGAGAAUACGAUUUCCCUGCAAGAUGACUUUCAAGCACAGUGGAUCUCAAAUUAUGCAGAUGUAUUAGAUUUUCUCGGUUUAUAAACCACCACCUUAUGAUCAGUGAUGAACAGAGCGCUGGUGAGAAGCUGGCGUGUAGGAGGCCUUCUUUCUCGGGGAGUGUGUCCUGGUAACUUGUCCAAUUUACCCUUCAGGGUCAUUAGCCAGCAAGCAUUGAAGUCACAUGUUGAUAGCGUGCGUUGGAACGGGUCCUCUUAUUUACCACAUGCGUCCCAUCUGCUUCAAC